AUCUGGAGACUAUCCCUUCUCGAAUUGGGACUUGAUGUACCUUUUUUCAUUCUAAAUUCAAUCAAGCUCAAGCUUUAUCAUUUGGUUCCAUUGCCGGGAAUCGAAUGGCACCAACAACCCGGAGUAACCAAUCGGAAGGCGGGGGUGCAGAACCUGACCCCAUUGCCGUCCAGUUAGCCGCCAUCGCCGAGAGACUAGCCGUCAUGGAAUCCCUGAAACAUGAUGUCGCCACCCUCAAGUCUCAUGCUACAUCUUCUAGUAACAGCGGUUUUAAACGUGGUCAUAAAGAUCCUGCCGAUGAUGGUGCGUACUCUUGGAGAAACAAUCGUCCUUAUCGCCCUUAUAACAAGAUAUAUUUCCCUGUAUUUAGUGAUGAAGAUCCUAGAGGCUGGAUUCUAAAGGCAGAAAAGUAUUUUCGUUACUACAAUGUACCUGAAGAUGAAAAGGUGGAUAUCGCGGUCAUGUACUUGGAAGGAGGCGCUUUAGACCUGGGGCAAGUUCCGACUUCACCUAUUGCUCCCCUCCCCAUCACACGGGACUGGGAAUUUGACGUGCAGCCUAAAGAAGUUCUCUCUCACCGUUGGGUAUGGGAAGCAGAUCAGCAUGUGUUGGAGUUACUCAUCUCUUGGUGUCAACGUCCAGUGGAGGAAGCUACUUAUGAGUGUUAUGAUCUGUUGCGAGCUCAAUUCCCUUCCUUUCGACUUGAGGACAAGUCGUUUUACCAGGCGGGUAGUAGUGAUAAGCCUCCAAUCAGAUUGGUAUAUUCAAGAAGGAAAAAGAUGGCAAAGGGUGGGCCGGCAGAAGUGGAGCAGCUCAAAAUGUUAAUGGGCAUUUCAAACAACCCACUAAGUGGCUGAGCGGGUGGGUUACGUGGCAGUUACCAACUCCCCUAGGAGUGGGAUUUAUUACUUAAAGUCAUGUCAUUUUCUUAUGUGAUUAUCUUUUAUUGUAUUUUCCUUUGAGAAUCUGGAGACUAUCCCUUCUCGAAUUGGGACUUGAUGUACCUUUUUUCAUUCUAAAUUCAAUCAAGCUCAAGCUUUAUCAAAUUCACAAUAAAGUUAGGGAGAUGGU